UAUUAAUUGCUUUUUGUAGAAAUUUGCCAAAGCAACACUAGGAGCUGAGCGUGGAUCAUUUUUCAUAAUAGAUCCAGAGAGUAGCGAUAUGACAGCAGAAGUAUUUGACGAAGGAAUUGAUGGCUCGGAAGGAACAACUAUGCGCAAAAAAAAUAUUAAAGUACGUCUAGCCAAAGACCGUAGUAUUCCAGGAUUAGUAGCCAGAACCGGAGUAACAGUCAAUUUGAGGGAUGCAUAUAACGAUCCCCGGUUUUUUACUGAAGUUGAAAAAAGAACGGGAUUUAUCACACGAUCUAUUCUUUGCAUGCCUAUAGUUAGCCUGGAAAAAAUUAUUUUAGGUGUGGUUCAAGUAGUUAACAAGAUGAACGGAGUGGUGUUUACAUCGUCAGAUGAGAACUUAUUCAAAACAUUUUCAGUCUACUGUGCUCUUGCUUUGCACUAUGCCAAAUUGAAUGAUAAAAUGCAUCGUACGGACCUUUUAAAUGAAUCUAAUUUGAACCUUCUCAGUUUGCAACUAAAGCCUUGUGUGCACGAUAUUUCAAACUUUUCGAAAAAUCCCGAAGUUUCAAUACCCAGCGGAUUCAGCGAUUUCAGAUGGUACGUCUCUAUCGAUGAAGAACCAAUUAUGCCACAGAUGGUUUACUACAUGAUUAGAACAGUGGUAGGAUUUCAAGAAGUCAAUGUACAUGCCCUAAAAGAAUUUAUCUUAACUGUUAGAAAGUGUUAUCGACCAAACCCUUAUCAUAACUGGGAACAUGCUUUUAACGUUGCACAUUGCAUGUACAACAUUCUAUUGCGAAAUAAAUCCUUAUUUACCAAUGUAGAGAUAAAAGCUCUUAUUAUAGCCUGCGUGUGCCAUGAUUUAGAUCAUGGGGGAUACACUAACAAUUUUUUACAAAAAACUGAACAGACGUUGUCUCAACUGUAUGAUGAAUCAUUUCUGGAGAACCAUCAUUUUCAAGUAGCCAUGCUCAUCUACAAAGCUUUUCCGUUUUACGAUAUUCCGACUGAGUUAUGGCAGCAAAUCAGCGCAGAAAUGAAACAUUGUAUCCUUGCCACGGACUUGGCCAACUAUUUCAAAGUUCGCAUCAAGCUCCUGCAGAUCAGCAAUGAUCAGGGACUAGACUGGGGAAACAGACAUCACCGACAGCUCUGCAAAGCUAUAAUGAUGACCAGCUGUGAUUUGUCCGGAUCCUGUAAACCCUACAUGGUUGCCAAGACAUUGACCGAUAAUGUGAUCAGUAAGAUAUUUUAUUAAAUUGCCUACUUAUUUUC